AAUGGUGAAGAUAGACCAACAAUGAAGGAAAUUGCAAUGGAACUUGAAGGUUUAAGAAAGUUCACCAAACAUCCGUGGGUUCAUCAACAAAAAAAUGAAGAAGUUGUGGGAUUAAUGAGUGAGAGUGAACCAGCAGAUCUUUAUAUUGUCCCAACAAGCCCUUACAAUAAUAAUGGGGACAUCUCUGGACAACACAGCUUGGACAGUAAUCAGAUGAUGUUCCUGAUAAAUAGCCCUCGCUGA